AAUUCCCCGGCAUGUGAUCGCCCCCCAUCAGCCCCACGCCCGCUCCCUGAUGUCAGCUGAUCCGUCACGUGUCCCAGUGGCCCCGCCCUCUUGCAAAAUGGAGUUGUCGGCUUCAGUGCAGCUCGGGCUCCGCUCUCUCGGCGAAGCGUCCGCUGUGGACCACGUCGCCUUCCCGGCACUGGUGGACGUAUGCUUCCGCUCUCUGCUCUCCUCCGGCCGGGACGCGGGCUUGCUGGAAAAGCCCGAACUGACGCAGGUCGAGCCGGUCCUGCUGAAGGGGAUCCACGCUGCGACCACCACAUUCAUCCUGGAAGCGGUCAGACAAAACGCAGAUGAGUCCACAAUAAGCGCCUGCCUCGAGGAGCUGUCUUUCAGUUCAGAAAGAAUAAAAAUCUUCUAUAGCUGCUAUCAGGUGACGAGCACAACGCAAACAUUUUCUCAUCAUGGCCUUGAAAAACUUCCAUUUAUUGUUUUCUUUUAUUCACAGGAACACAAAAAGGAGUUGGAGCAUUUGUUAGCAAGCAUUGGAAGGCAACCGGCUCACAUUACGGACGUGUCAUGGCGCCUGCAAUAUCACGUGAAGAACGGACAGGUCGAUAAGGUCAAUGAGCCUUUCUACUUAUUGUCCCUCAACACGGAGAAUGUAGGUGGUCGCGAGGAUAUCAACUUUACCUGCACAAUGGAACAGUUACAGGACAUGGUUGGUAAACUGAAGGACGCAGCUAAGAGCGCUGAGAAAGCCAGUCAGAUUGCGCUCGCCUCGGCCACUGACAGCGUCUGCAGCCUGCUUCAAGAUGGCGGCUGGGCUGCGAUUCAUUCGCUGCUGAUUCGCCUCCCAACUUUCAUUGUCUGUCCGCCCCCAGCCGCAGCCAGCCGAGCCCGGCACGCAGCCCCCCUUUUGCUCAUCAUGCAUCGGACGACCAGGAUCAAGAUCACUGAGCUAAACCCUCACCUCAUGUGCGUCCUGUGCGGGGGUUACUUCAUAGAUGCCACCACCAUCAUCGAAUGUCUGCACUCAUUUUGCAAAAUGUGCAUUGUCCGUUACCUUGAAACCAGCAAAUAUUGUCCCAUCUGCGACGUGCAAGUCCACAAAACCAAACCUCUGCUCAACAUUAGGUCAGACAAAACUCUCCAAGACAUCGUUUAUAAACUGGUCCCAGGCCUGUUUAAAAAUGAAAUGAAGAGGAGAAGAGACUUUUAUGCUGAACACCCUGUUGAAGGUUCAAACGGCUCCAACGAAGACCGAGGUGAAGUCGCAGAUGAGGACAAGAGAAUCAUCACGGACGACGAAAUCAUCAGCCUCUCCAUUGAGUUCUCUGACCAGAGUGCCAGACUGACAGGCGGACUUGAAGACAAGCAUUCAAGCAAAGAUCAGAUGGCAAAUAAAAGGUAUUUGCAGUGUCCGGCAGCAAUGACCAUCAUGCAUCUGCGGAAGUUCCUGCGCAGCAAAAUGGACAUCCCCAAUGCUUACCAGGUAGAGGUCAUGUAUGAAGAUGAACCCCUGAAGGAUUACUACACGUUAAUGGACAUAGCGUACAUCUACACUUGGAGAAGGACGGGCCCACUCCCUCUCCAGUACAGGGUCCGCCCCAACUGUAAGAAGCUGAAGGCGAGCCAUGCCCAGCAAGGGGCCCCCCAGCGGCCCGGACAGGAGAGCGACUCGGCCAGCGACAAAGCCGGGAGCCCCACGGGGGCCGCGUCCACGUCCAAGUGGUCGUCCUUGCCAAGCCCUGGCGACCAGGCGCUGAGGUCCUCUCGGGGCCCCCCCAGCAGCGUCAACUGCAGCCAGGCCCCGCAGGCCCCGUCGACAUCCAGCCGCCCUUUCGCGCAGCCCCGCAAGAUCUCACUGAACGGCUCAGCGACGUCGUCAGGAUAACGCAGCAUCAUACCAAGCCAACGUAGCUCUAUUGCAUCCUGUCUCCGUUUUGAAGUUUUAUGAUUGUCAUUUGUGUAGCACACUGAAGGCAUUUCAAAAUGUAAAAGUAUCCAGGAAGUUGCGUUAAACAUUAUUCAAAAAUGUUGAAGAUUGAGAGGACAACGUCAAGCAUUUACUCCACUUUUUUCGAUGUAUUUUUAUUUACAACGAAAACAAAAGUGUAAUUUUAUUUGAGUCCUUGUCCCCAAACCAAACUAUUUUCAAUGCAUGCUCAUGUCUUUUUUCAUCUUCUGGAGCAGACGUCACAUUUCGUUAUUUUUACGAGGACAAUUGACACUUUUGAAGCGUUUUCUAGAAGCUACGUGUACAUAGAAAAAUACAGUAAUGCCUUUUCAAUCAAAAAGAAAAAAAAAACGCGCUCCGGUUCUGCCACGUUUCAUGCUCAAUGAGGUCACGUCUCCCGUGUUUUCCGUUCGUGUUGAUUGGCUCGAUUGUAAGGACAACUUAUUGUAUUGUUACUGUUGCACAGUAUAAAACAUCUAAAUAAAACUUUUACACUUAA